UUAUAGGCAAUCAUUUUUGGUCAAAGUAAAAUGCGAGAAUCGGCGAAACCGCCAGUACGUGGCAAAACAUCACCGUAUGGAUUCUUUGUGAAAAUGUGUUAUGAAGAACAUAAAAAGAAAUAUCCAAAUGAAAACGUUCAAGUGACUGAAAUAAGCAAAAAGUGCUCAGAGAAAUGGAAGACCAUGUCCGAUGAUGAAAAACGAAGGUUCUUUGAGCUGGCACAAAAAGACGCAGAACGUUAUCAAGCCGAAGUUGCUGCAUACGGUGGGGAGGAUGCGUUACGCAAACGAAAACGUGUUAAGAAAGAUCCGAACGCACCGAAGCGAGCCUUGUCAGCCUUCUUUUUUUUCUCCCAUGACAAGCGGCCUGAAGUGCAACAACAACAUCCUGAAUGGAAAGUUGGGCAGGUAGCACAAGAGUUGGGUCGAUUCUGGAAAGCACUGGGUGAGGAAGAACGAGCUGUAUACGAACGAAAAGCACUGGAAGAUAAAGAACGAUACGCUGAGGAGAUGCGAAACUACAAGGGAACACCAGUGCAAACAAUAACACCUAUGAAAAUGCCAAUGAUGGCAACUGUUGAAGGUGGAAUGAUGCAAAUGGGAGUACCGCCACCACAUGCCCAGCAAAUGGUUCAGCCACAGGAAGUAAAUGAUGCCGAAGAGUGAAAAGUCUUCAGCAUUAUUUCGAAGUUUCAUAAAAAUAAAUAGAAAAGUUCUUGUCGAAUGAAGUGUGUUUGGUACAGCUGCAGUUGGGUUUUCAUCCACAGGCAGUGGAUAAGGAAUUGGAAAGACGGGAAAUUCAAAGAAUCAUAAAAUUUUAUCUGUCUCUGAUACGAAUUUAGCCAUUCCCUUCCC